AUGUUUGAGUUAGUUAAACCAAAAGCCUUCUCGAGAAACAAUAUGAAAGAGUUGAUAAUCGCAAAUCUUCUCCUAAGACGAAGUCGAGCUCUAGCUCGACGGAGUCAAGUCCGCAAGCUGAGUUUGAACGAGUCAAACGAGAAUCUCGCUUCGACGUUCAGAUCCGGAAAUAGCGGGAUCGGUAGUUGCACGUGGACGAGAUACGCGGAGGAGGUUGCGAUCUACUUCGGAGCUAUAAAAGGAGGACGAUUCUUGAUCACAAGGCACGAUGUUCCUUUCUACAUCUCUAAGAGAUUGAAUGUUCUAGACCUCUCGAUAAGUACUCUUUACACUGAGAAUACAUUCUAUCCUCUUUUCUAUACGAUCUUAUCCUUUAUCUUUGAGAUAAUCCCUGGAAAGCUCUAA